AUGGAUUGGUCCCUGAAAGACAACAGGGCCUCCAACUGUUUGAAACGUUUCAUUUUAGUUCUUGUUAUACUCAUUCUCCAGCACAAUUGCGAUUUAUCAGUUGCUGGUGGAGACGCCCUCUCUUUGGGGGUUUCUCUCAGGGAAAAACAAACUAUUAUUUCAAAGAAUGGCACUUUUGAAUUGGGUUUUUUUAAUCCUAAUGGAACCAGCAACUGGUAUGUUGGCAUCUGGCAUGCCCAGAUUUCUGAAAAGACCGUCGUUUGGGUGGCUAACAGGGAAACUCCCAUUAAAGACAUGCCGGGUGUUUUGACGCUCUCUACAUCUGGUUAUCUCACUGUAUCUGACUUGCAAGGAAAAGUCUUUUGGUCCAGUAAUAUUACUCAGCAAGCUAAGGCAUCCAAGGCGUCGAUAUUGGACACUGGUAAUUUUGUUCUUGUAGGUUCCCAAAACACUUCUGAGACUGUGUGGGAGAGUUUCGCAAAUCCCACAGAUCAUUUGUUGCCAACAAUGAAGUUUUGGAAAGGUUUGAAAUUAAACUCUUGGAAGAGUUCGGUGGAUCCAGCGCCUGGGCUCUUCUUUCACUUGAUGGAUCCAUCCCCUGGAAAGAAUAACUUUUUGCUGCAGUAUAGAAACAGUGUAUCAUAUUACAACUUGGGAGAGUGGACUGGUAGAGAUUACUUCAACGUGCCAGUGGGAUUAUCUACUACCUUAUAUGAACAGGAAUUGGUAGUGUUUUCUCCAACAAGAAUGUACUACAUAUAUUGGUAUACACCCAAAGCUGAUUCUACGCUAUUGCUGAGGGCAGUUCUCAAGGAGAAUGGCGAGGUAUCACGGUACUCUUGGAUAAAUAAUAAUUGGAACCUGAUUGAUAGUUCACCCCAAUCAAGUUGCGACGUGUAUGGCGUGUGCGGGGCUUAUGGAGUGUGCUUCACCCCAGGAAACAUUGAGUUAUGCGAUUGCUUGCAAGGCUUUCAGCCAAGAGAUUCAAUUGCCUGGAGUUCUCAGGAGUGGUGGUCAAGCGGUUGUGUUCGGCGUACUCCAUUACACUGCUCCGCCAUCAAUGGCAGUGACACAACAGAUGGUUUCCUUCAAAUCAGUAAUAAUACCAUGUCUGAUGAAGAAGCUAUUCAAUAUAACCAAGCGUCAAGUUUUCUAGAAUGUAAAACUGCUUGUCUCAACAAUUGCUCAUGCACGGCCUUUGCUUUCACAAAUCAUGUUCCUGCUGUUUGUAAAUUGUGGUUUGGCGAUCUGUUAACCCUGAAGGCUUCUUCUUCUCCUGGUAAGGCCUUAUUCAUUCGAUUGGCUGCUUCUGAUGUGCCACAACCUUCACCCAACGCAGGAAGGAGCAGCAGAAUAAUUGGGCUCUCCAUUUCAAUUCCUUUGGUCGUUGCUGUUAUGGGUACCAUGUUUGCAUGGUUUAUUCAGCGCGAGCAUGCUAGAGCCCAUCAGAAAGCCAAGGAUUACGACACACCAAUAUCUCUUAGAACAUUCACUUACAAAGAGCUCCAAAUUGCGACCAACAAUUUCGCCCAUAAGUUGGGAAAGGGAGGAUUUGGCUCUGUCUUUAAAGGAACUCUGCCAGACACUACACUUGUGGCCGUGAAAAAAUUAGAGGGUUCCGCACAAGCAGAAAAGCAAUUCCGUGCGGAAACAAGCACCAUUGGAAACAUACAUCAUGUGAAUUUGGUGAGGCUCCUGGGAUUCUGCGCAGAGGGAUCUCAAAGAAUGCUGGUUUAUGAGUACAUGCAGAACGGGUCUUUCAACUAUUACUUGUCCCACAAUUCUAAAAAAGCAAACAAGGUGUUGGACUGGAGUACUAGAUUUGGAAUCGCUUUACGCACUGCAAGGGCGUUAGUUUAUCUCCAUGAAGAAUGCAGGGAUCGCAUCAUCCACUGCGAUAUUAAGCCAGAGAAUAUUCUUCUAGAUGUAGAUUUUUCUCCAAAAGUGUCUGAUUUUGGGCUGUCAAAACUUGUUGGUAGAGAUUUCAGCGAAGUGUUGACAACAACGAGAGGAACAAGAGGGUAUUUGGCUCCCGAGUGGAUCUCCGGCCUGCCAAUCACAGUUAAGGUGGAUGUAUACAGCUUCGGCAUGACCCUGCUGGAAAUAAUAUCAGGUCGACGAAUUAUUGACUUGAGUGUGCUUGAGUCGCAGUACUUUCCGACGUGGGCAGCAACUGAAAUUCAGAAGGGAAACAUAAUGGGCAUUGUGGAUGAACAGAUUAGAAACAAAGCAGAUGUGGAAGAGGUGAGAAGAGUAGCUAUGGUAAGCAUUAUGUGCAUUCAAGAGGAUGAAAACGAAAGGCCUGGCAUGAGCCAAGUUGUUCGGAUGUUGGAAGGCAUAUCAGAGGGUUACCCGGAACAAUAUGAGAGGUACCUGCAACUGCUCGUCAACUAG